UCCCAGGCGUCUCUGAACACGUCACCGAACUUUUUCGAAGGGGCUGUUGAGGUGAAGAAAAGUGGUUUAUUAGUGUGGGGCGUUUAAUAUGUCGCAGGUUAUCGCGUGAGAAGCGGAUUAUAUAGCUAUCUGGACAUGCUCCAAAAGACUUUACGGAAGUUUUCCAGCUUUGACAACUUUGCUGAGCUGGGUGUUUGACUGCUCUGAUUUCUGUACCUGGACUCGUUCAAAGCGAACCAUGUCGCAGCCGGAGCAGAAAGAGCCCACCCUGAGCUCGGAUGCACCUAAACCCGCUCCGGUGAACCCCAGAGCGGUCUGUAGCGUGUGUAAACGCCUUUACCGGGACCCUAAAAUCCUCCCCUGCCUUCACACGUUCUGCUCCGACUGCAUCGGCCAGCUGGAGGCGUUCUCGGUGUCUUCUCGUGGGAACGGGAGUUGCGGAGAGGCGGUGAAGACAAGCCGACAAAGCGUCACAACAACGGUACUGUGUCCCGAGUGUGACUCCGAAGUGGACCUCCCUCAGCAGGGUCCGGCCGGACUGAGUACAGACCACCUGGCGCUGGACGAAGUGUUCCUGGAGACCCUGGUGACCAACGGCCCGCUGGGAUGCGACCUGUGCGGGGAAGGAGGCGCUGAGAGCCGCUGUGAGGUCUGCUCGGUCAACCUUUGCGAGUUCUGCUGCCAAGCUCACAGACGUCAGAAGCGAACAGCGUCUCACUCUGUUCAGGCGGUGGAGGACCUGAAGGCUCGUGGACGUCUUGGUCGUCCCAUCCUCUGCUCUCUUCACCCCGGCCAGGAGCUCAGGCUCUUCUGUCAGCUCUGCGACCUACCCGUAUGUCUGGACUGCGCUUCCACGCUGCACAGAGACCACCACUGCUGUCCUACGCACGACGUCAUCGACCAUCACGGUGACCGUAUUCGAGAUCUGGUCAGCACGCGUCUACGACCCCGACUGGAGCAGAUGGAGGAAGUUCUACAGAAGGUGGAAACUUCCCAGGAGAAUUUGAAGGUACGGGUCGAGGCAACAGCCAGUGAGAUCAGAGCCUUUGCUCGAGGCUACGCCAGCGCUGUGGAGGCCCAUUGUCUGUCUCUGCUGCGGCGCCUAGAGGAGCUUCAGGUCCAGCGCAGAAACGUCCUCCACCUGCAGAGCGUGCAGCUGCAGCAGGGCCUGCUGGAUGUCCGAGGCAGUGUGGCGUUUGCCGAGCGCCUCCUGAGCUGUGGGUCUGACGCCGAGAUCCUCAGCGCUAAAGGAGUGACUCUAAGACGACUCGCCAGCCUGGCAGAGAGAGGCUAUAACCCUUGUCCAGCGGCGGUCGCCCCAGACGAUAGCAGCAGCAUUUGCUUCCUGCCCAGAGAGCCAGCCGGAGAGGUGGAGGGCUACCCAGUGGUGGGUGUGAUUAACUGGAGGACGCUGGAUGUCAGCAGGUGCACCAUUGAAGGAGAAGGUCUGCGGCGGGGCAGCGAGGGCCAGCCGGGCCGUUUUAGCCUGGUGUGUCGAGACUCAGCCGGGGAGCAGAUGGCUCGAGGAGGAGAGCAGGUCCUCGUCAGCAUCGUCCACAAAGAGAAGAAGAACUGCGCUGUGGAGACGGUGGUGGUGGACAACGCUGAUGGAACGUACAGCGUUUCAUACAAGCCUGAGGAACCAGGACCUUACUCUGUGUGGGUUUGUGUCAAAGCCCAGCAUGUGAAGGUACUAAGGGCUGCACCCAAACAAAGGAUACAGGUAGACAGGUGCUGGACUCACCUGGAGCUCACAGCUCCCCUCUCCUCCCUGCGGGGUUCUCCGUUCCUGCUGAAUGUGAAGAAGAAGUUCAGACACCACGGUGGGACGUUCCACUGCUGCUCCUUCUGCUCCAGUGGAGGAGCCAAAGAGGCAAUCUGUGGCUGCGCAGGAACGAUGUCAGGAGGGUUUAAAGGCUGUGGUCACGGUCAUAAGGGACAUCCCGGGAAGCCCCACUGGUCCUGCUGCGGCAGCACCACUGAGAAGUCUGAGUGUUUACCUCCGAGCGUGUUGGCUGCUGUCUCUCCUCGUGGACAUCUGCGCACCGUGGAGCUGUGAGGGACCCAGAGAUGAGAACACAGAUCCAUCUAUAUUCUUGUCGUUGUUAUAAACAACAUUACAAUGGAACAAAUGCAGAGCUCUCAGUCAAAAACGGUCUGUUCUCUGGUGUUCACAUGUCUGUGGACAAUUAUUUCACCUAAAUGAAAAUGUGAAAUCAUUCUUUACUUGUUUCCAUCAUAUAGAGGAUUUUUUAAUAAAUGACAUCUAAAAAAAAAACACUAUUAAAUACAGCCAUGAUGUGUUGAGCUCCACUGUAUCCCCUCUGUGGGCAGAUCAUGGCUCAGAAGAACAACACAUCUCCUGGUAGACCAUGCUGACUAACACUAACCCAGCUGAAUGUUGCCGACCACAGUCUCCUCCAGUAACUGUAACAGCCCAAACCACUACACCACCUCCACCUUGGGUCUAAUCCUAACCCUGGCUCUAACGAGGUUACCCUAACCCAAACCACUACACCACCUCCACCUUGGGUCUAAUCCUAACCCUGGCCCUAACAGGGUUACCCUAACCGAAACCACUACAACACCUCCACCUUGCUUUGUUGUGGCUCUAAUCCUAAAGGUUGGUUUAUGCUUGACGCGUCCGUGAGGUCCGCACGGCUCCGCGCGGAAAAGUUGCGUCAUUUUAACAACCACGCCCCUCCACCGCACCUCCGCACGGCCCAAAAUUUCCGCAGCGCGCACCUAGGAAAUUUUCUAACCACGCGGACGGUCGGACGCGGAAAAGCAUGGCGGACCGGCAAGAACUAGUAUGGCAGAGGUUCAUAAAUACAGACAUUUGUGUGAUUCAGCUCUCAGAGAUCACCGCGAUCAACAUGUUGUUAAUAAUUCUUGGAGAGAAAUAGCUCGCACUGUCAGAAAAGACAAGGACCCUGUUAAAAAUGCUGGAAUGCCAUGUUGUAAACAACAGUAAUUUUUACUUCUACUAUGGUGUAGUGUUGGAUGCAUGUCGUAGAGCUCCAUGCUGCCCCCUACAGUUUGGGAGAAUAUCGGCUCACCGCAGAGACAAGCCGCUUGAACCAUAAACGCUGCAAGUUGUGAAGCGCGUUCCAUCCGCGAGCCGCAUCACCAAGCGGAAAGUAAAUGCGUCAACCAUAAACCAAGCUUAACCCUGGCUCAAACAGGGUUACCCUAACCCAAACCACUACACCACCUCCACCUUGCUAGUGUCUUGCCUCUAACAGGGUUUCUACACCAAAGAGGUUCCUGUGCUUGUCCUUAAAAAAUAGUCUUGUGACCCAUAAUAUCUGUCAGACAGAUUAGACAUACACGACUAUUGUAAGAAAACCACCCAUUUGUAGCUUUUCCCUCCCCCGCCCCCAAAUUCCAGGAUUUUAGGUAAGAACAUAUACAAUUCUUGAAAGCAGAAAAACUGAAUUUAUUGGAGGAAAGAAGCUCUGAGUGUCUCUAAAUGAGCUGCUGAUCUGAGUAAAAGUGAAACCAACUCAGAGAUUUUAGACUUGGAGCUCAUGUUUUCCUCAGCUGUUCUCUUGGAACCAGCAGAUGGUGCUGGGAGAACAGCCAGAGCUCUUGGUAAUGGGAACACGAAGAACUGGUUCACUACUGGAACUGGAAAAAGUGGACCAUCCAUCCAUUCCCAGUUGCUUAACCUUUUUUUCCUUUCAGGUUUUUAUGCCAUUAAUUUGUGUUUUUUCAAGUAGUGCAGAAUCACAAAGGUGGAUCUGCACCAGAGUCAGCCCCGCCCAUUCACGCAAACUCAGCCCAGCCCACUGACUUCUUCUGUUUGUUUUUUUUUUUUGUUUGUUUUGUUUUUUUACUUUAUUGCAAACUAACCUGACCUACAUGAACUACGGCUGUUACUAGUUUACAGUUGUUAAUACUAAAUUCCAAUUAAGCAAGAUAAGUAUAAUUUGCUACAUGAAAUGAAAGGUUCUUUUCAGCAAAUUUCUGCCCACGGCCGCUCCGACAAAAUGCGCCUAAACCAGGGUUUUAGGCUAACCGAUUAUUGUAUGAGCUCUGGUAGUCCAGUGGUGUAACGGUCUGACUUAUGCUUCGUUUUGCCCUCUGCUGACGCUGGUUUGACUCUCACUGGGGUCGGCAGUAAUGUAUUUAGCCAACUGAAACAGAUUUAAUUUAUUAAUAUUUUAGUUUUAUUGAUUAUUUUCUACAAAAUAUUUUAUGUCUCUAAAAAGGUAUUUGAAUUUGGUUGUUUCUAAGCAGCAUUUUAGUUUAAACUCUGGACCCACACUGGCUAAAUAAACAAAGAAGGUAAAAACAAACUGAUUAGUUGUUAUAUUUUAAACCGUUUACCAAUAAAGGGUUGAAAACACAAUAUUGGCAAGAGUAGCUAGGAAAAAAAAAGUUGAUGCCACGACCGGGAGGAGAACCUGCACAAAACUACACACCAGUCUGACACCAUAGUCACCCCACCACUACAUCUGUUACAGUAUGGUUGGUGCCACGUAUCCUAUCUAGUGUGUCUUUGUAGACGGAUGGAUGGUUUUUCUGGCGGUGUCCCAGUAGAAGUCAUUUCAGAAGUCAUUUUUCAGAAAAUCCACAGAAUAUCCAGAUCUGAGAACCAAGACCAGACCUGCUUCAGGGGGAGAAGAAAUGCACAGUAGUGGCUUACUUUCUUCCAUUUGCAGGAAAAAUCUUUACAUUCAAUUCAGUUCAGAAAUACUUUAUUAAUCCCAGAGGGAAAUUGAUUGCUGUAGUAGCUCUGAAUAAUAAUAAUAAUCAAGUCAUCCAAGAGUUAUUGUAUAUUACAAUGGCUGUUGGCAGGAAGGAUCUCCAGUAGCGGUCAGUGUUGCAGCCAAACUGAAGAAGCCUCUGACUGAAGGCACUCUUCCGUUGUCGGACAGUCUUGUGAAGAGAAUGCUCAGGCUGAUUUAAAUCAGAAUAAAAUACAAACUUUAGGCUUCAGUUAAGCUGCGUGUUUGCGUGUAUCUGAUGUCGGCAACAGCCGGGAAACGUUUGUGUUUUCUGAAAAUAAAAUGUUGCUUUUAUGUGAGAUCAGCUGAUGCUGUUUUAACCUCCAACCCUCUCCAAAGCUGCUCUGACUUCUCCAGAGGUUUUGACCCACCCACCCACUCCUUGUUGCAACAUGAAAAAUAAAGUUUUCACUCUCA